UCAACAACGCAACCCUUUAUUAGUCAUGGUUGUGUAGUUUCGUGUUUAAAGUUUUGGGCGUAUGUAAUCGAAACUUGUAUUUUAAUGCAUUUCGCUCGUUUCUGCUUCUUUUAAUGGAAUUAUUACAAAAUAUAAACACUUGGUUUUGGAAUGAUUAUGUAUGGCUGCCGCCCAAUAUUACUUGGGAUGAUCUCAGCGAUACCGGUACCGUCAACUAUGCGCAAUUUAGUGACCUGUAUUAUGCAUUUAAAGUAGCUUUGGCCCUUUUGGUUGUGAGAUAUUUCCUGGAACAAUUUUUAUUUGCUCCUGUUGGGCGCUAUCUAGGCUUAAAGCCACGUGUAGUUCGAGAGACUGAUAAUGUUAUAUUGGAAAAAGCCUUCACAGAGAAUGGAAAGAUUGGAUAUAAGCAGGUUCAAGGUUUGGCCAAACAACUUGAUUGGAGUGAACGUAAGGUUGAGCGUUGGCUGCGACGUAGAAUUUCUCGCUCCAAACCCUCCACCUUGAACAAAUUUACUGAGAGUGCGUGGAGGUUUACCUUUUACCUGUGUGCAUUUUGCUAUGGCCUUUAUUCUUUGUGGGAUAAACCAUGGUUGUAUGAUACUAAUUAUUGUUUCUAUGAUUAUCCCCAUCAUAGUGUAACAAAUGAUGUGUGGUGGUAUUACAUGCUGGAGCUGGGCUUUUAUUGGUCUCUCACUUUCUCUCAGUUCCUGGAUACCAAAAGGAAGGACUUCAUGCAGAUGUUUGUGCACCACAUUGUGACUAUUCUGCUCCUGACUUUCUCUUGGACGUCCAACCUCUUCCGCAUUGGAAGCCUGGUGCUGGUCAUCCAUGAUUUUGCUGAUGUGCCACUUGAGGCAGCCAAGAUGGCCAAGUACGUGGAGAGGCAGCGAGUGGCCGAUAUAAGUUUUGCUGUGUUCACUCUCGCCUGGCUUGUUUCACGUUUGGGACUUUACCCAUAUAGGAUCAUCUAUAGUACCUUGUAUGGUGCUUUGUUCAUUGUACCCAUGUUCCCAGCAUAUUAUGUCUUUAACACCUUGCUGUGUGCUCUCCAGGUGCUACAUAUUGUGUGGACCUGGAUGAUCAUCAAAAUCGCUCUUAGAGCCAUGUCCUCCACAAAUCCUGGAGUGAAAGAUCUACGCAGUGACAGUGAGGAGAGCUCUGGGAGCAUUUCUGACGAUGCCAAAGAUGUCUCUAGUCAGGACACCAAGUGCUCUUCGGGGGGGACUUCUUGAUUCUGGAACAUAGUUGACUCUCCCUACUUCAUUCCGCCACCAACUGGCCAUUCCAAAGACUCUGGGCUAUUGUUCUGCUGCGGGGAUCAAAUAGUGUUUACUCAGUUUUAAGCAUUGUAUGGACAAGUUUAUGUGAAGAGAACUUUCAUUUGGCAAUUUUAUGCAAAUAUUCGUCCUCAAUCAAGAAAUUGUGAUGCUUUGAAAAAUUUGUUGUAGUUGUCGUGGGUGAUUGUGCUUCAUUUUUUUUUUGUUCUUGUUGAUCAAAAAGUUGAUGGAAAUAUAUUUUUUGUAUAAAAAAAAGAGGGAGUUUUAAAGUAAUGUUUCUAAAAGGAGUCAGCUUAGAAUAAAUUAUUUUUUAUUUAUUUAUAUUUUCAUUCUUCUAGAAGAUUGCUUUCAAGAAUGAAAUUUAUUUCGUGAUCUCUUUUUAUGAUUUUGUUACAGAAAUUUAAUUUUUAUUAACAUAUAAAUAAAAGGUGAUCUUGUCUGUGUUAUAGUUUUUUUUUUUUUUAAUUUUGUAUAAAGAAUAUCUAAAAGUGCUUUUUGAAAUGUAAAUGUUUAUAGCAGGUAAUAAAAAUGUCAUCUUUUUCCUGCAUGAAAUAUCGAGAGGGAAAAAAGCUUAAGUUAGAGAUGUAAAGUUUUUUUUUUUUUAAUAUUAAUUUAUUUGAUUUAAUAUAUUAUUUGCUUGAACUUAAACAAAAUAAUGAAAAGAAGGUAUGGUUGCAGGAGUAUUACAUAUUGAGUUUCAGUAUUUUGAGAAAUAGGAAGAAUGACUUAACUAAUUAUAUGAAAUAAAUUAUUAGAAACUGUGAAGUUUACAUAGUUGCUUGAUUCUCUUGCUUAGUUUCAUUUUUAUAAAAUACAUUAAUUUUUUCUCAGAUCCUUAAAUAUUGUUUUUGCUUUUGAAAAAGUUUUUUUACGUAGUAUCUCAUGCUUCUGUAUUGCUUUUUCAUGUAUUUGACUAUUUAUGGGAAAUACGUUUUUGAAGGUUGUAUAAAAUUAUUCUAUGUUCAGUUUUUGUUAAACAAUUAACUAUAUAAUGUUUCCCAAAUUCAGAGGAUGUGUGAUAGAAGCAAGAGAAUGCAUCAUUUUGCAGUGACGGUGUUUAGCUAUAUAAUUGUAUAAAUAUGUAGUGCAGAGAAACUUUCAGUGUACAUAUGCGAUUGAUCUCUAUAGAUGCGAGAAAGUUCAUUUACUGACAGAAUUUUAAUGAAUCAUAGUUGUUGUUGUUUUCUCAUAGGUAUUGAAAAACAUUUUUCAUCAUAUAUUUUCAGAGUUUUUUGUAUUUUUAUUUCUGUCAUUUCUAUGGAAAAUGAUAGUCUUUAGGCAGAGAGCGUAAAGAUUCAAGUCAUGAUGUGAUAAUCUUUUCUCCCUUUUUUGUAUUGUCCCACAAUCACCCAUGAUGGUAGAUUUUUUUUAAAAGGAUUUGUUAAAUUUAUUCAAAUUUAAUUAUAAGUUUUUUAAAAAGGUACUUUCACUUAUGUACUUAUUCUUGACUAACCUUGAUCUAUAGCAGAUAUUUAUAAAAACUCAUUAAAUUAGCUUAUUUUACUUUAUGGAAUUUUAAAAUAGAUGUUCAGGGAAUAAUACUCCUGUUUUAAGUGGUGUGUAUUUAAUUUCUAUUUAUAACUAUAUCUGUUUUUUUAAAAAUAUAAUUUAUAAAACAACAGCUGCUUAAAAUUACUUUAAAAUAGCAGUUUAUAUUAUUAUUAUAAUUUUGUAGAAUUAUACUUAUAUACAAAAUUUAUCUUUGCACAGAAAUCAAGUUUAUCAUCUUUUACAAUUUUUACUUAAAAUUGUAUAUAAAUGCUGUCAAAAUGUCUUAUUUUUUUCAAUGUUCCCAGUAUAAUUCCAUUUUAAAAUAGUUCAGAAAUUAAUAAUCCAUAAUUGGGGUAAUUAAAAAAAUUAUGCAAAAUUUUUAGAAGGAUAAUUACUUCUAGAUAUUUUCACUUAUUAUAUAGCUUCUUUAUUUUGGAUUUAUAAAAUCUACACUGUAUCAUUUAUUGAUAUAUGGAAGCACUGCUUUUUUUUGUUCUUUUCAUCGUCAAAUUUAAUAUAGAUAUUGAAUUUCAUAUCAGUGUCUCCCUCCCCUUCUGAAAAUGUUGUCAAUCAUCACAGAUAAGCGAACAAAUAUUUUUAUAGGUGUCAGUGAAAAUAACCUCCAUUAUUGGUUACAAUAAUGAGUGUUUCAGCAUCUUAUAUAUAGUUUUAUUAUUUAUUAAGGAAUUUACUAUUGCAAAGAAAAUUAAGGAAUGAAAAAUUUUAAUCAGUGUAAAACCAGUGAAAUGUGGAUGUGAUGAAUAACAUUUAAUGUUUAAAAUAGAAAUUUUUUUUCAUUUAAUUAUUAAAGUCGAUUGAUUUCAAUAGACGCAAAACUCAAAUUCUUGGUAUCUUAUGUGUGGAAAAUGGUUUUUACUAAAAUGCUAUGGAAUAAGGUUAGUCUUUAAUUUGCCCAAACUAUUGUGCUAUUAUUUAAAUGUAAUGUACAUUUUCAGAUGGCUUUCAUUCCAUAUUUUUGUUUAAAGAAUAGUGCUUUUUAAUAGUAUGUGAUAUGUUGAUAUUUUAUAGUAUUUUUGCAUUUUACUGAAAUUUCUUUCACAGCAAAAGCUGAACUCUUUGGAUAAAGAAUGAUUGCUAAAUAAUAAUUAAAAAUAAUGUGACUUAUUGAGAACUUAAGGGUAACAUUAUUGCAUUUGAUACUUUUCAUCAUUUUUAACUAUGUUGGGUCAGCUGCAUUAUAUAUAUAUAAUUGGGAGAUUUGCUAAGUGUUUACUCUUGGAUUUAAUUAACUGGGGCAAUAUAGUUAAAACAUUUAUAAAAUCCAGCUUCUAUUUGCUUAAAUAUAAAUGUAUGUAAAAAAAAAGUAGUGAGAAAAUUUCCUCUAAAAUAUCAAGUUUUAUAGUAAAUAAAUAAAUUGACUAAAUAGUUAAUCCUAUUACAUCAGUCAAUUAUUUUGACACUAUAUGUUAUAUAUUUAAAAUGUAAGCAUAUGUAUUAAAUGCUAAAAAUGUUUAAUAAGUGUAUAAAAAAUAUUCAAAUUACAUUUUUUCUGCCUUGAUUUAAAGAUAAUUUUUAAGAGUAGCUAUUUCAUACUUAUAUCAUCUACUUCCAGUAUUUAAAAUCAUUCAUUUUUUUUUCCCUUAAAUGUGGGUAAAUGAAAGAGAAUAUUAUUUUAAAGGUAACAUGUAAUAUAUGUGACAAGUAUAAUUGAUAUAAAAAACAAAAAUUAAUUUUAGAUUGGGAAACUGAUAUGAAGUUCAGAUCAAAAAGAUCUGUGCUCAACUGCAUUAAAUUGACUGUUGGUUGCAAAUUUUAGAAUUAAGCUUUGAAAUACUGAACAUUUUAUUACAUACUACCAUGAACUAUUACCUCAGUUGAAAGCAUAUUUUAUUCUAUUUGAGUCAGUUUUAUAAGUAAUUUUUUUUCUUUCCCCCUCUCCCUGGAUGGGGGGUUGAUGUGUUGUAAAGAAAAGUAAGCUCUAUUCCAAUUGCCUUAUAAAUUUAUUAUUUUAGAAAAGGUUUAAUUUUUCUCUGCACCAUAUCCAAGUAAUCCAAUCCAUUGUUAAAUCAAUUUUCUUUUCUGGAUAGAUAAAAUGAAUAAAUAUUAAUCUUGAAUUAAUAUUUCUUCAUUAUUAUUCAUUAAUACUAUUAUUUUGUCUAUAAGCCAUUUGAUUUUGGACUAAUAUGAUUUAUUUAGGAAAAUCUUGAAAGAUAAUUUUUAUGUGUUAAAAAAAUAGUGUAUUCAAAAUAUUAAUUUUAUAAUUAAAAAGAAAAGUGGUGCAGAGCAAAGUUGAAAUCUGGAUUUUAGUACAUAAUUGAUUCAUUAAUUCUUGGAAUCAUUUUUAAUACAGAGCUAAAGUCAAUUUCCAAUAACUGCAGAAUAAAGUAAAAUUUAAGAUAUUCAAUUUUUUAAAAAAUUUUACAGUUUUUUAAAAUUAAAAACAGUUGUAUUUGGUAAUAAGUUUUAGUGUGUGUAUCUAUAUAUACAUACAUAUUAAAAUUUGUCCAAUUUAGUUCAGCUUUUGAUGUAUUGUUCAUAUAGAUAAUGCAUGGAUUUUUACUCAGGAAGUUCUUUUAUUUUAUAUGUAUCUCAGUUAGCUGCAAAUUAUAUGUUUACUUAUUGGAUGGGUUUGUCAAAAGUUUUUAUUUGCUGAAAUUAAUUUUGUAUUUCCAGCUAGGAUCCUUUAAUAACUUCUCAGAAACUCAUUAAACUGGAAUGGUCAUUUGAGGGGAAAAUAAUUUUGAAUUGUGUUUGCUUGCGAAAUAGCAACAUCAGUUUGAUGUAAUUCGCAAACGAAGAGGAAAAUAUUUAAAUUUGUAAAUUGUUAGGAUUUGAAAAGUUUAAAAUUUUGGUUAAUGAACAACAGCACGACUCUUAUCAAAUAAGAAAAAUGGUUGAUUUAACCAUUUUACUAUUACUUUUAUUAUAUUAAAAUUUGUCUUUUAUUAUUCCAAUGACUUCCUUAAUGGGAAAGCCUCUAAUCCAAUCAAAUAACAUAACACAGUUAGUAGUUUUAUAUUGAUUGCAAUUUGCACAGCAAAUUUAUUUUUUAAUUUAACUAAGAAAAAAAAUAAAAAUCUUUCUAAUAAUACUGUUACAUCUUUGAUUGGCAUUUCUUGCACAAUUAUUUUCAAUAUUUACUAAUAAUAAAAUACAUUUUUGCACUAAAAUGAAAAUUAUUUUUAAAUACUAUUUGUUGAAAAUAUCAAUAUGGAAAUAAUCCAAAGCGAUAUUAAAUAAUGAGGAAAUAUACACUCGUGUUUCUAUCUUAAAGUAGUUAUAUCUUUAUAUCGUAAAAUCUUCUAAUCUCGCGUGCAUUAAUUCUAAAAUAUCCAAAGGAUAUUUCAUUAAUUAAAAAAAAUUUAUGCAUAUGAAAUUAAAUCUCAUUCAACACCAUUAUCUUUUGGCAAUUCAAUGCAGUUUAGCUAAUUCUAAUCAUUACUAGAGGUUUAAAUAUAUUCGCACAAAAGAAAUGCCCCAGAUGAUUAAGGAUUAGUAACUUGUUAAAACACCCUCAGAGUAAAGGCUUAUUUUUACUAUUACUGACAUUGAUGAAAAGUUACUCUAUAACUUCCUCUUCGCACUCAUCACAUUAUACGAUUAUCAAUUUCUUCAUUCAACAUACAAACUGAAUCAAAUUAUCAACUUGAAUUCAAGUAAGCUGCUCUGAAGCCACUCUUCAUCAAAAGUAGAUGAAAUGCCAUUCAGCUACAAAAUCAUUAGUAAUGUUCCAAGACAUUCCCGUAAUAUUGUGUGCCUUCACAUUUUUGAGAUGUGACCAUAGCUUAUUCUUGUAUUAUCUACCGUUGCAAAAUAUAACCUGUUUAUGAGAGUAUAUAUAGUGUUGAUUAUGCUAAUGUAGUUUGGUGUAUUGUAAGCCUUUUUAGUACUGUUUUGUUUCUCAGGUUAGUUAUAUUUUCACAUAGAUUCUAUUUUUAAUGCCAUUUCUCUUUUCUUGUGACUCUGUUGUAUUGAAAUGUUGUGUGUUCAAAAAGCACUGAAUGCUAUUAUAAUUUAUAAAUAAAUUAUUGGAAAUGUUAA